AUGUUUGACAAAAUUUCCCUUUUUCACUUAUACGCUAUAAUAGCUUUGUUGCUAUCGAUAGCUUAUGUAUAUGUUGCCAUAAAAGAUUAUCCAAGAUGGCGACGAAAUCGAAAAACUUUCUUUACAAACACUAUUGAUAAAAAACCCCAAGAGAUUCGACCUGAAACGAGCCCGCUGUUAUUUAUUCCAUUUAUUCCUUUUGCAGUUGUAUAUUUCACAUUACGUCUAACAUGGGAUGCUUUCAGGUUGUUCGUAUUUCAUUCCUUGGAAGGAUCAGCCUCCGGAGCAAUUAUGCUUGUAAGAUUUCUGAUACAAUUUAUAAAGAAGUUACCGGACAUGUAUGUCGCGAUCAAAACUUUUUGGAAUAAAUAUAUUCAUCAGAGACUCCUAAGAACGUUGUCCCUUUGUCUUGAAUGGACGUAUAUCUAUUUUUGGCCCGUUGUUAAAAAUUCGGCAAUCAUUGGUUGGUCGGCUGCAGUCGAAGGGAAAAAAAUCAUGAUACAUUCGUGGCAUCGCUCUCUAGAGUUGUCAGUAAUAGGAUGGAACGAGUUUUUAUAUCCAUCUCUAGAAUUUCUCUCAUGGGUGUUUGUCACUUUUAUAAUUGAACCUGGGAAAUGGAUUUUUUCGAGAACAUUAUACCUUUCAAGGAUCGCGUGGUAUUGUACCUGUCUCCUUGCCAGAGACCUCGCAGAAGACGCGAGGGACUUAUGGAUCAUGGGGUAUAAAGUUUUUGCUGCGCUAUGGAAGAAUAUCCUCAAUCCUGCGAUUCAUAUGGCACUCGAGUUUUAUGAAAAAGGAAAAAAACAUAUUCCAAUUAUUGGAAGAUUUCUAUACUCUAGAUUUAUAUUAGCAACUAUCAACGACUUUGCCAACAUUUUAUAUGGUAUAUGUUCAGACCCAGCUUUCCACUUCGUGGCAGAGUAUGUUUAUUCAGUAGUUUCAGCAGGUACAUUGCAAAAAUUGAUUUUGUCCCAUCUCAAAAUCGUGACUCCUAUUUUCGUAAGACAUGUAAAGAGAUGUAGUUUUGAAAUCGUGGAGGGAGCAAUCGUCGCAUUUCGAGAUACUGUUGAAACACUGGUUUUGAUAAAUAACGUUAUCAUUCUACCGGCCAUUAGUACUUUUAUAAUAGUCAAGAAUUUCUCAAACAAGAUGUACAGGCAUGUGAAAGAACACCUCGUCAACUUGUUUAACUUCAUGUGGAAAGUUUUUAUACCACUGCUAAAGCCUGUCAUCUCGAUCUUAAGCUUCAUUUAUACUACUUUCAUAUUGAAAGCGUUCCUCGCUUUCCUUCGAUUUUCAAAAUGGGCAAUCUCGUUGACAACUACAGCAUUGAGCUACGCAUGGAUCCGCUCUCAAGAAAUGAUGUUUGUCAUGUAUAAGUGUUCCAAAUCGAUAUAUCUUCGCAUCUUACCAUAUUUCAAGGUCAUCACCUCUGUAAUUAAUGAUAGGAUGAUUAUUCUUAUGAAUGCCUUAUGGUCAUACUUUUCAAAAGUAACUACCUUUAUCCUAGAGACUUUUUGGGUUCAAACUCAGGCAUUCCGGAGUUUCUGUGCUGAGGCUUAUGUAAAAUAUGAACCAGUAAUUGUAGAUUUGAAACAACGUGUGGUGGAAGCGGCGGAUUCCACGGUAGUUAGUGUUGGACAAAUGAUGAUGGAGUGGACUAAGAGAGAACGAGAAUUGAGAAAAGGGUUCUCUUCACAGGAUGGCUAG